AUGUAUAUAUAUCCAGAAAAUAGCAUUGUACAAUGCAUCACAAAAAAAAAAUCAGAAAACUAUCUAAGUCAGCAUGCUAACCUAAAAUAGUAUCUACCGUAUCUGCCUCCCUCCCCCCACCCCCACCCUGCGGUAGGGGUAGGGAGAGAGGAAAAAAAUUUCAGAAGCCCGAAGGGCAUCACAAAAACACAAUCCAAGAAUGGCACGGGACAGGCCCCGGCUCAUUCAUCAAAAGUCUACAAAAGAAAAUCCCAGUAGUCCAGGCCGAAUUAAAACUCUACCCUGCAUCGAACAUCACAAUUAGUAACCAUGGGCCGCAGGCCUAAAAAGGCCCGCCCCAGUUUGGUAUCCCAGCUGCACUGAAGUCCUCUAGCAGUCCAGCAUCACCAGCAUCACACGCAUGGGCCGAAAAUCCAAUCCAGGCGAUGGCCCACCCGCAAAUCAGCCCACAGCAGCAUCCCAAGGCUCCAUCCGCUUAGCUCUAGGGUUACCAGCGGUCAGCCUAGAAUCCAAACAUCCUCCAUCGCUUCACGCAGCGCCGCAUCUGUACGAGUGCCAAUUUGAAUUUUGAAAUGAACUGCUACAGUAGCCGACAGGCUGGCGAGGCAGGCGGUCCAAUCAGCUUUCGUCAGAAGACGUCGUUGACUUCCCGGUCUCCUUCACCGGCAAAGCACCGGCCGGUCAAAGAUAGCAGAAGAUACCCAGAAUCGUCACGCUCGCUCGUGACCACCAUCUUCCCUCCCCCCACCCCACCAGGUUCCGGCGACAUCCCGGCGGUCAGGCAGAAGAGUAAAAGUGUACGUAACAUGCCGGAAAGUAGCGUCUGGCGGUUCCAACCCCAGCACGCCGGAGGUUAUCCCCGGCGAAUCCCAGAGCGCUUUCAAACUUAGAGCCACGAAAAAUAUUUCCCUACCACGAGAAUCAACUCCGGUGGCCUGUAAUCGCAUCAGACCCCCCGUAUUUUAUCUCCGGCAACCUGUCACCCAAACCACACCCCAGACCCCCACCUGGCCCCGGCAACGACCAGGCUUUCCGGUGGCCGGAGAACGGAGAAAGAACAAUAGAAACAACCGGAAAGUAACCAAGCCCAACUGGAAAUCCCCCCUUCACCCCCACCCCCGUUUGGCCCCGGCAACCCCAAACGGCAUUGGUAGGAAGCGUCAAAGGGCAGUAGGACAGUAGCCGGACACUCGUAGCAAACAGGCGGUUCCAACCCCAGAUUCCGGUGGUCUUCUCCGGCGACACCUGUAAACUUUCAGACCAAAACCCAUCCAAAUAGUCCCAAAUCGAAGCAAACAUCACAGAGGACCCUGUAGUCGCCACAGCCCCGCCAUUUGUCAACUCCGGUCAAACCUCAACCAAAUCAACAGGAUAAACAAGCGUCCACAUUAGAAAAAAGCAAAAACCUCCGAACCGUCAAGCCGGAAUCCAUGGCGUAGCUUCCACCUCCAUUUCCAGCGAACCUUCCGGCGACCCAAACAAGAAUUUUACCUCCGGUAAGAAUCUCCCAUAAGAAACGUAACCAGACCAUCAUCCUCCCCAACCUCGUCACUGUACAUGCCACCCCACACGCAGUGACCCCGGCCGGCCAGAUCAACAGCGAUGACCAGUACGUCCAGGAACUCCAUCCCCAAGAUUCAACCUGUUCAAGCACCAUCAGAACCCACCAGUAACAAAUCGCAUCAGCCCCGUCAUGGAAUAACCCAGCUCAAAACCAACCUUCUUCUCCAUAAAUUCUGACCAGAAAAACUCCUGCGAAUCUGCCAUCGACCUUCAACCACGAACCUAGAACCUCACCUUCCAGGAGUUCCAUUUCGCACCAGACCAGUAGCCAUCACCUUUACGUCACCAACUCAAAACCUCCCUGGAUCAAGGCCGCCAUCAGUGAUGACCAUGAAUCCAGCACGGCUGGACUUCCUUUCAGCAACGAACGAAGCUCAGCUUCCAGAAUCAAGCAAUAUCACUCCAUAAAAGACCAAUUUCCAAACACCAAGUAACCAAGAACAUCCCACCUAAGUGGGAAAUUUUCCAAAAAAUUCGUAUUGAACAUCAACAAAACCAGCCCACCGGAGCCAAGAGGGCCCCAACGGCGGCGACCACCGUGAGUGGCGGCGCCGGGAGGAGGGGGAAGAGAGAGCAACCUAGGAUCGAAUUCCUAGUGAGAGAAGCUCUCAACUCUCUCUAGGACCCCCAGAUCUUACCGAGUUCAG